AUGAGACGUUGGCUCGUCUCUGCGCUCCUGCUUUUGCAGGUUGUCGCAUUUGCAUCCGCCGCUGUCGAUCAGCAGGUUAUGGAAGCUAGCACAGAGGAUUCAACAUCCACGAACCUUCAACCAGCAACCGAAACCAACGUCGUUCAAGGCGCACAACAUGUCUGGGCUCCUUACCAAAGUGGAUGGGAGCUUGUCCACGAGGCAAUGGCCGAAUUUCGAAAGAUAAGAACACCGCUGUAUAGAAAGUCGAAGAAGCAAGGUGGCAUGUUUGGGCAAUUAUUCCAGUUUGCCAUGAAGGCGUUACCGAGUUUACGAGCGAGCGCCCCUCCACAGGACCAUGCGCCACCGACCAUCACCGGGCCCCUCCUUGAGGGAGUCAAGUUACUUCAGGAGUCGGCUGAGCAGAACAACACAGAUGCCAUAUACCUCUUGGCGCAACUUAACUUCUUUGGAAACUACUCACAUCCUCGGAAUUUCAGGACCGCAUUCGAUCACUAUUACCGACUUGCCUCGUAUGGAAAUAGCUCGGCACAGUACAUGGUGGGAUUCAUGUAUGCGACAGGGAUUGGGGAGGCAGUGGAGCGAGAUCAGGCCAAGGCUCUUCUCUAUCACACCUUUGCCGCCAACGCGGGACACACUAGAUCAGAAAUGACUGUUGCGGCCCGUCAUGUUAGUGGCAUCGGUGCGCCUAAGAGCUGUGAAACUGCCUCGAAAUAUUACAAGAGAGUUGCCGACAAGGCCAUGACUUGGUUCCGGUCCGGGCCGCCGGGCGGAAUGGCUAUCAUACCCGAAGCGCAUCGACUUUCCGACGACGUCGGAGGUGUGUACGGAGAGGGAGCUAGUGUCAUAAGCUCCGGUGUCCAUGCGCUAAAGGCCAGUCCGAAUUCCGACGUUCACGCCGCUAUUGACGACGUAAUCGAAUAUCUCGAUUUGAUGUCCCAGAAGGGGGAUUUCAAGGCUUCGUUUAAUUUAGGAAGACUUUACUAUGAAGGGCAGCGAGGUCUCGAAAGAAACGUGGACUUGGCCCGACGAUACUUCGCUACGGUUGCGACGAUGUACUGGCGUUCAAAGGAUGGACGAGCUAUUGACCAGCCGAAGCCUCAACUUGAGAAGUACGCCAGUAAAGCUGCCGGGUACAUCGGUCGGAUGUGGCUGCGCGGGGAAGGCGUCAGACAGGACUACAAGCUUGCUCGUGGGUGGUUUGAACGUGGGAUUAAGCAUGGCGAUGCUCAGUCUCAAUGGGGUCUUGGAAUUAUGAAUCUCCAUGGCCUUGGCAUUCCGAAAAAUAUUUCGAAGGCGACUGAACUGUUCAAGGCGUCUGCUGACCAAGACUUCAGUCUCUCUCACGUUGCGCUUGGAGCUUUACAUCUUGACCAGGGCACACCGGAUGACUUGAAAAUUGCCAACUCCUAUUUUGAAGCCGCUGUGCGCUGGGCUAACAUUGAGGCUCAAUACUAUCUAGCCGAGAUGAUUCACCAUGGGGUUGGAAGAGAUAAAACAUGUGUUCUAGCGAUGGCAUAUUACAAGAAUGUUGCCGAAAAAGCUGAACCUCUAGUAUCUUCUUGGGCAGAAGCCAGCCAGGCAUACGAAGAUGGUGACUAUGAGCUGGCUUUCCUUGGCUACCUCAUGGCUGCGGAGCAAGGCUACGAGAAGGCACAGAACAAUGUUGCUUUUAUGCUUGACCCCACGCAAUCCCGACUCCCUCUUCCAUCAUGGGUCAAACGUCAAUCACCAAAGUCUAGUCUUCUUCAAAACUCAGCUCUAGCGUUGAUUUACUGGACGAGGUCGGCUAUCCAAUCAAAUAUCGACUCGCUUGUCAAAAUGGGCGACUACUAUCUGGAUGGUAUCGGUACAGAACAAGCUCUAGACAAAGCGGCUCAAUGCUAUACCGGUGCUUCGGAAUACUUCCAAAGCGCCCAGGCUCUUUACAAUCUUGGCUGGAUGCACGAGAACGGAGUAGGGCUCAACCAAGAUUUCCAUCUUGCGAAGAGGUACUACGACCAGGCUCUCGAGACUAAUGAGGAGGCAUAUCUUCCCGUCCAGAUGAGUCUACUCAAACUACGGAUGCGCAGCGCCUGGAAUACAUUUACCCAUGGACGGAUCAAUUCUAUUCAAGAUGAGCCAUCACCUAGGAAAGACUGGUCGUUAGCCGAGUGGAUAUCCAACUUCCUCCAGGAAGACGAAGACGAGGCGUACUACGAAGAUGACGAUGACUACGGCAGCAUCUACGACGACGGUACGAUUACCGGCAGUGAUGGCGAGUCACUCGACGCCUUCGACGAGCUAGACGGCGUGCUCGAGAGCUUGAUUAUCUUAGGUCUUAUCGCUACUAUCAUCUUCCUCAUGUACUACCGCGCCAGACGACAGCAGGCCCAUCGCGAGGCCGAGGAGGAGGCUGCGAGGAGGGCGGGACAGCAGGGUGGUGGUGGUGUGGGGGUUGUGCCGCAAUAUCAUGGGAGAAACGGACAUGCGCAGGGUCAAGGUCAGGGUUUGUUCCCUCAGCCUGGACCGCCGGGGUUUGCACAAUGGGGUGCUGGAGCUGCCGUGGGGCAAUGA